UACCAGACAAUACAUUUAUGUAACUCGAAAGCGUCACCUUUCUGUGAAAAUAUUUUGUGUUGCAUGUUAACCAUUUGUUUAAGAGAUCAAAAGAUUUAGUUAGCUGCCCCAGCUAACUCGAACUUCACCAGGUAACCCACAGACUACACCUUCAGCAUGGAAGCAGAAGUUGAGUUUUUGCGUGAUCAAGGUAAGGACAAAGCAGUCCACAGGUUAAAUUCUGUACUCAGCCAGUAUCAGUAUGGGCACCACACUCAAUCCACACCAUCUCAGGUUGAGGAGGCAAGACAGGCCGAGUCUCCUGCACCCUGGAUCUCAGAUCGAAGUGUAAUGGCUCCUCUCUUAUCGGAGUAUGAUCGGCACAUGGAUGAAAUGACUGAACAGCUGCAGAGAUACCAGGCGCUGAUGACAGACAUCAAAGUGAAGUUGGAGAGGGUUGUCAAGGAGAAUGAAAGGCUGCAUGCAGAGCUGAGGGAGUCUGUUGAGAAGCAACUUCAUGCCCUGCCGGUGCCUUCAGGAGUGGAGGGCAGCACUGUAGAGGAGGAAGCAGUCAUCAGAAACCUCCAAGAACAGGUCCAGCUGUCUGAACAGGAGCGGGUGCAGGCCAUGGAGCUGUGGCAGACAGCAGCCCAGGAGCUGGACCGCCUCCAGCAGGUCUACCAGAAGACCAUCUCUGAUGGACAGAUCCACGAUGCUCAGAGACUGCAGCUUAAGGAUCAGCUUGUUCAGUUCCAGCAGCACACACACAAACUUCAAGUGGCAAAUCAGAAACUGGAAUCGACUAACCAGCAGUUCCUGAAGACAGUGACAGAGCAGAGCACAGAGAUGGAGGAGCUACACAGCCAGCUCAGUCAGGCCAAGGCUGAGCUGAGGACUGCCACAUCCAAAGUGGAUGAGAUGACCAAAUUGCUGCAGAAUGUCCAGGACCAGAUGCAGAGACGGGAGGAAGAUGCGGCAGAAGCUCAGGGCCGAGAGGAUGCAGCAGACAGACGGCUCCAACAGCUUCAGGCAGCCUUGAGCCAGCUAGAGGCCAGACUAAAGGUUGCAACUCAGGAGGCAGAGGCAGUUCGCAGAGAUCAAACUGUGUGGGAGAGAAAGGUGGGGGAACUCCAGGCACGUUGCACCACCCUAGAAGAGGAGAAGUAUGAGGCCCUGGCCAAAGUCCGAGAGAGUGUUCAGGUGGCCGAGGAGGCCGCAUUGCAGAAGGACCAGGCCCUGUUAAGAGAGAAACAGAAGACAGAAGAGCUGGAGAAGACAAAGGAGGCCAUUAAACAGUUAAUCCAGGAUGCUGCAGUCCGCACCAGAAAAGAGGUGGAUAAUGUGCGCAAGCAGUGCAACCUUCAAAUCCACCGUAUGGCCGAGGAGCUGUCUGCACUGCAGCUGGAGUGUGCAGAUAAAGAGUCUCAGAUUGAAAGGUCCCUGCGAGAGAGAAAAGCUGUAGAGGAGGAGCUGGAGAAGGUGUAUAAGGAGGGCAGGGCAGAGCCAGAGUUCAAGAAGAUUGAUGCCCUUCACCAGAGGUGUCUAGAUGCAGAGAGGAUGAAGGAAGACAUGAGCCUCACUCUGCAAAGCACCCAGAACAAACUGAAAAAGAUGGAGAUGGACUACAGUGAGGAGCUGUCACGGUGCCAGGAGGAAGUGCGUCGGCUGCAGGGCUCUCUGGCUGCAGCCAGGGACGACUGUGUCAGCGUCAGCGAGGAGCGGCUCCAGCUGCAACAGGAGAACUUGCAGCUCCACAGGGAGAUGGAUGAGCUGCGCAAGGCCUCCCUGCUGGUCCAAAAGAAGGCCAAACAACAGGUGUCACAGAUGGAGCAGGAGUACAGCCUGAAGGAGCAGGGACUCGAUGCACGGGUGCGGGAACUGGAGGAAAGCAGCCGGAGCUCUAGCGCUGACCUGACGCGCCUUCUUACAGCACAGCAGAAAAGUACCCAGCGCUGGAAAGAAGAGGCCAAGAAACAGGUUCAGGCCUUCGAGACUAAAAUCACAGUCCUCAAAGCAGAGCUGAAUCGGCAGAAACAGCGUUCACACGAGCUAGAGCUGCAGCUUGAAACUGACCAUAAUACCGUUGCUGAGGACACUGUCUUCUACCUGACGGGAGAAGCUGCCCUUUGCUGUUCAGGCCUGUUCAGCUGCUGUUAGCCUCUGCAAGUGUCAGGCCUCCUUUGUAACAGUGUGCUCAGACAAGCAGCUCCAAAAAGACAAGAAGCAGGAGGCAGUUCACUGGAAACCUGCAACUUCAGUGUCAGAAGUGCCACGCAGCGUGACAAAGACAAUUAGGAAAAGUUUAACUUUAUGCAGUCCAUCCUAUGGACUUCAACAGAAUAUUUGUUGCAACUCUUUUUCAUACAUUUACUGCAUAAUUGCGAAAUAAUGAUUUUUUAGUUGGAAAUAAUAAUUUAGUUGACUAGAAUGAUGGGAUCUGGCACAGACAGACUGUGGGUCUUGUGCUCAGCCUUAGGGCCAGAGUACGUACGAUGACCUAAAACAAGUUGUGUUUGUUCAGUAGCAAAGGAGUGUUACUAACUAAUAAUGUGAGGAUUCACUCACAAUUUCUGCGUAUAUAAGAAUGCAGAACCCACAUCUACUAACGACAGACAGAAAAAAAGUAUGUCUGUGGUAAUGCACCAUAUGUUCCUUGGUACGUGUGCUUUGAAAACAAAAGCUUUAAUGCUGUGACUUUUGUGUGUUUUACUCCAUGU